GCCCGCGGCAGGGGGCGGGGUCGCGCCUCCGCCGCGGCUCCGGUUCCAGCCCAGCCUCACGGACGCAGAGAUGGAAAUCCCGAGGCUGCUCCCGGCUCGCGGGACACGACAGGGCAGCAGCGGCUAUUGCCCCGCGGGCGGCGGCGGGGUCCACCGAGGCCCUGACCCGCCGGCUGGUCAGGCCCCCGCGCGCCGCCUUCUACUGCUCCGGGGGGCCCAAGAUGGCGGGCCCGUGCCGCGGAGCGAGGAGGCCCGCAGGGCCUCACGGGGCCGGGGCCCGGGCCCAGGCCCGAGCCCGUUGGCGCCUAGGCCGAAUCACCCGAGCGGCGGCGGCGACGACUUCUUCCUGGUGCUGCUUGACCCGGUGGGUGGCGACGUGGAGACCUCGGGCACCGAUCAGGCUGAAGGGCCCGUGUGGAGGGAGGAGGCCGAGGCGGGCCUGGGGCCCCAGGGGGGCGAGAGCAGCGCGAACCCCGCGGGCCGCCCUGCGCUGGGCCCCGGCUGCCUGUCCGCGGCCCAGGCCCCGGCCCCGGCCCCGGUCCCCGUCCCUGUCCCCGUCCCCGUCCCGGUCCCGAUCCCGAUCCCGGCUCCAGCCCCAGGCCCGGGCCACGGGGCGGCCUUCGCAGGCACCAUCACCAUCCAUAACCAGGACCUGCUGUUGCGUUUUGAGAACGGCGUCCUCACCCUGACCACGCCCCCGCUACCGGCCUGGGAGCCGGGGGUCCCGCCUUUCCCGCAGCCUGGGGGUCUGAUCGCCCCGCCAGCCGGGUUCCCGCACGCCGCGCAGCUGGGUGACUGCCCAGAGCUGCCGCCCGAGCUCCUGCUGGCCGAGCCGGCGGAACCCGCGCCGACCCCGGCGCCGGAGGAGGAGGCUGAGGGCCGGGCCGCCGCCCAGAGCCCUCGCGGGCCGCUGGGCCCGGCCCCAGGCGUGGUGCUGUACCUGUGCCCCGAGGCGCAGUGCGGACAAACCUUCGCCAAGAAGCACCAGCUGAAGGUGCACCUGCUGACUCACAGCAGCAGCCAGGGCCAGAGGCCCUUCAAGUGCCCCCUGGGCGGCUGCGGCUGGACCUUCACCACGUCUUACAAGCUCAAGAGGCACCUGCAGUCGCAUGACAAACUAAGGCCAUUCGGCUGCCCGGUGGAGGGCUGUGGCAAGAGCUUCACCACCGUGUACAACCUCAAAGCACACAUGAAGGGCCAUGAGCAGGAGAACUCCUUCAAAUGCGAGGUGUGCGAGGAGAGCUUCCCCACGCAGGCUAAGCUCAGCGCCCACCAGCGCAGCCACUUCGAGCCAGAGAGGCCCUACCAGUGUGCGUUUUCCGGCUGCAAGAAGACGUUUAUUACCGUGAGUGCCCUGUUUUCUCAUAACCGCGCCCAUUUCAGGGAACAGGAACUCUUUGCCUGCUCUUUCCCUGGCUGCAGUAAACAGUAUGACAAGGCUUGUAGACUGAAAAUUCACCUGCGGAGCCACACAGGCGAGAGACCUUUCCUUUGUGACUUUGAGGGCUGUGGCUGGAACUUCACCAGCAUGUCCAAACUCUUAAGGCACAAAAGGAAGCACGACGAUGACCGCAGGUUCACGUGCCCUGUAGAAGGCUGUGGGAAAUCUUUCACAAGGGCCGAGCAUCUGAAAGGCCACAGCAUAACCCACCUGGGCACAAAACCUUUCGUGUGUCCUGUGGAAGGCUGCUGUGCCAGGUUUUCCGCUCGUAGUAGUCUCUACAUUCACUCCAAGAAACACCUGCAGGAUGUGGAGACUUGGAAGAGUCGUUGCCCCGUCUCCACCUGUAAUAAACUCUUCACAUCCAAGCACAGCAUGAAGACCCACAUGGCCAAAAGGCACAACCUUGGCCAGGACCUCUUAGCUCAGCUAGAAGCUGCAAAUUCUCUUACGCCCAGCAGUGAGCUUACCAGCCAGGGACACAAUGAUCUCAGCGAUGCAGAGAUAGUGUCUUUCUUCUCUGAUGCACCUGGCAAGAGUUCUGCUGCAGUGCUGGACACAGCAUUGGUCAAUUCUGGAAUCCUGACUAUUGAUGUGGCUUCUGUGAGCUCAACCCUGGCAGGGAAUCUGCCUGCCAACAAUAAUAAUUCCCCAGGGCAGGCUGUGGACCCUCGGGCCUUGAUGGCCACCAGUGACCUUCCUCAGAGUCUGGAUACCUCUCUCUUUUUUGGAACAACAGCUGCUGCUCUUCAGCAGAGCCCCUUAGAUAUGGAUGAUGUCUCCAGUGUAAGUGUGGGGCCACUGGGAUCUCUGGGCUCUUUGGCAAUGAAAAGCUCAAGUCCAGAGCCCCAGACUUUGACACCCAGCAAUAAGUUAACGGUGGACACAGAAGCUCUGACUCCUUCAAGCACCCUUUGUGAAAACAGUGUUUCAGAACUACUGACACCAACCAAAGCGGAUUGGAACGUACAUCCUGACUCCGACUUCUUUGGACAGGAGGAAGAAACCCAGUUUGGAUUCCCCAAUCCAGCAGGAAACCAUGGUCCUCAGAAGGAAACGGAUCUUAUCACAGUGACUGGCAGCCCAUUUUUGGUAUGAACCAACCCUAUUUGUUACUUGCCACGUGGCUUAACACUCAUCUUUGAGGGUCUUCUGGACCGAAUGCUUAAAUGCAGUCGUUUCUCGCUGGUUUGCAAAAGAACACAUCCCUGGACUACAAGCUUGGAGAUUUAAGUUCUGAUCUUGAAUCUGGAACUGACAAGUUCUGUGACCCUGAGCAAGUCACUUAACCUAUCUGAGCCUUAAUUUACUUAUUUAUAAAAUUAGGUGGUUUGAAUGGAUUGCUUCUAAGCUCUUUUCCAUACUUUCAUUCCUUUAUGUUUUCUUCCUUGAAAAAAUUUGGGGCAUCUUUAAAUGAUAAUAUUACUUUUUUUUUAAACAUACAUAAAAUUGUCAUGUUAUAAUGAGCAUCAAUUUACUUUGCAACCAACUUCCAUUUAUGAAUAAUUUUAUUCCUGUAUAUUCUCCCUCCUUUAUCAUUAGUUUGAACACAUUCCAUAUAUGGAUUCAUUUUAUCAUAAUCAUUCAAUAUGUAUCUAUAAGACAUAGGCCUCUUUUGAAAAAAAUUCCAUUAUCAUACUUAACAUUAACACUAAUUCCUUGUUAUCAUCUUAUUAUCAUCGAAUAUCCAGCCACAUUUUAGACCUCCAAUUUUCUCAAGAACACUACUUGUUUUAAUAUUUUUAAAUUUAGGAUUUAAAUAAGUCUCAAGUGUGUAUUUCAUUUAUAGUUCUCUAACUUUGUGCAGCUUUAUUACUUUCAAUUUUAUUCAUUGGAAAUACUAAGUUAUUUCAUAUCUACAAGUUGCUACAGUCUAUAUUUUGCUGAUUAUAUCCUUGUGGUAGUGUUCACUUUUCUUUAGUCUCUUUUCUUGAUUUAGUAGUUUGCUCUGAGAGACUCAGUCAGAUUGAAAUAUGAUUUUUUGGCAUGAAUGUUUCAUGGGUCAGAUUGUGUUCUUCUAUUAGUGACUCAAUGUCUUGUUUUCUCCCCUUUUGUGAUUCUAUCAGCUGCUGAUGAUCAGUGGAUUAAUUCAUGACAAUUUUGAUUCUGAUGUGAUGAAUUGUUCUUGUAGAAUUACCAACAAUUAGGGGAGGAGGAAAUGCUGUUCCAAGCACUUUCAAAAGUUUAGAAAAAAUGGUAUUAAAUGCCAAAAUUUUCUUAACUGUAAAUAAAACUAACAAGAAAAAAAUAGGAAAAAAAAAAUGGGUUGGCUCUUAUCCCUGUUCAUCUUCCUGAGCUUUUUUCAUGAUGGGAGGCUGCAUUGUGGAAUUGCCAGCCAGGUCUUUGUCAUGAAACAGAAACAGUGUCCAGUUUGUGCUCUGUGGUAUUGGACAAGUGGUCUUGAAUAAGUUAGUCUUACUGACUAACUUAUUUCAGUGUUGUAGCUGUUAAUUGAUCAUAACAAUGCAUGCACAUAACUAACAUACCAUAGACUUUUCUUCUGCUCCAGUUUCAACAUAUAAGUAAAUAUAUCAUGUGUUUUGGAAUAUGAAUUUGUUAUCUUUUUAGUCUACCAGUUCUUCCUGAUAUAAGAAAGAAACAUGAUAUUAAUCCUAUUCUUGUGCAGACAACAAAGACUUAUGUGGUUUAGGGAAAGCAGGAAGAGGAAUUUCUAUUCCAUGUACUGAAUGAUUUUCUCUCCAAAAUUGUUAUGGGAAAUGCCAGGAACAGAGACAUUGCUCACAUGUUUAUCUGCAUAUGUCUCUAUUUGAUCAAUUUGUCAACAUCUUUGCUGUUUUCUAUGUCAGGUUCUCUGUGACCAUGGACCCUACAGUUCCAUGAAAAUCUGAUAAUGGAGCAGAGGACUAUGAUCUGGGGAGUUCAUUGUUUAUAGUUUCUAAGAGCUGAAGGAAAGGAAAGAUUGGUAUUGUAUAAAUUCCGUUUACAGACUUUGCAGUUUGUGGAAAAUCUUCACAAUUUGUGUCUUGUUGUUCACAGCAACCCUGUAAAGUAGAUGUGGCAAAAAGUGUGUAUUGUGUUUCGAAUUAUAAUUUAACCAACUCACGUUCUAACUGGGUUUUGACUGUGACUGACAAUUCUAUAUAUAGCUUCAAAUAAGGAAGAGACAUUCUUUUCACCUCUCCCUGUCUACCCAUAAAACUUUUAUGAUUCAUUCCUGUGUCAUAACUUGUUGCUCUUUUUCUUUAAAGUUUCUUUUACCUUCUGCUUAUUUUCUCCACAUAACACUUCUUUGACUGUGCAUUCUUCUCCUUUCAUAUUUUUUAAUGAAUAAAUCUCCUCCUUGCCACUAUCCCUCAGACAUUCUCCUCAUGGAAAAUUUUCUUACAUUUUUUUCACAAUUGCUGCGUGUACACUGCAGUUCUGUAUGUACAGUAAGAAGUUAUUUUCUGAGCUUAGAUUAUACUUUGUGUAUAUAUGAUUCAGAUCAUAAAGGAAGUUAUUUUCUAUACAAUUCAGAUGAGAAGUGGAUUUUUGUUUCAUUAUUUCCAUUUUUUUACAAAGUUUCUGCCAGGAAAUUCUGCAAAUAACUCUUAUUUGCUCUGGUGUACUAGUCUAGUAGUGUUUGCAUGUAGAUGUCUGUGGAUGACAAUUAUUGUAGCACUUUGGAAGUGCACUAAAAAUGUGCCACUAUGAAAUGUUUCUGUAUUGUGUGUGUGUGUAUGUGUGUGCUAGUACACACACACAUACACACACACACACACACACACAUGCACAUUUUAAAAAUUGUUGUAUUUGUUUAGUGAAAAAAAGUAGACAUACUUUAAAAAAAACUUGGAGAAAUGCUUGGAGUUUCAUUGUGUUUACCCAUUCAAAGGUUUCUCUCUUUGCUUUGGGAAUAUUUGUACUCAUAAGAGAUAUUUCAAAAAUGUUAUUCAUUAAAACCUCUUAAAUAACCACUAUUUUCAUGUCUAGCAAAUGAGUAUGUCAAAGACUGAGAUGAAUACACAAAUAAUGAAAAUCAAAUAAAUUUAUAAACAUGAAGAGAAUUUAAUGCUGUGACUAUAUUUUUAAUUCCUUAAACCAAGUACCUUUUAAUAAUUCAUAAUUAUAUUUUCCUAUUUAUUCCUGGAAUUUUCAAAGAUUAAAUGCUACUUUUCCUAAAGAUAAAAAGUUUUAUUUGUCCAUGGGCUUUAAGUUUCAUUGAAGAAAUUUGUACAAAUUUUUUACCUUGCUGUGCACAGUGUUACACACCUGCAAUCCAAGCUACUUGGGAGACUGAGGGAGGCCAGCCUAUUGCAACUUAGCCAGACCCUGUCUCAAAAUAAAUAUAGAGACCUGGGGAUAUAGAUGAGCGGUAGAGAGCCCCUGUGUUCAUCCCCCAUACCCUCCAAAAACAAAAAUAAAGAAACCAACAAUUUCUUUUUUAACACUCUUUUCUAGAAAAAUGGUAGAAAACCACUUUAUGCUCUCAAGGUAAGAAGUUUAAUAUCUGUUGUUGGUGGCAUGAAGUUGCCAGCACUCCUUUUGGAUUUUGGUGCAGGUUUUAAUAUUAUCCUCUUUCUGCUUUUUUUCAAGUGCUGGUUUAUUAAAAAGUCUGUUUCUGAGGACUAUAUUUAUCAUGUUGAUCAUGAAUUUAAAAAUAUAUUGGACAUAGUAGUCUUUACCAAUUAGUAUAAUUAACAUAACAAAAUCCUUUGAGUAGUAAGAAUGAAUCAUGGAUAUACUAUGAAAUUUAUUUGUCUCUGUGAUCUAAACUACUUAUGUUCCUAUCCAGGAGACAGAUGAGAAGGCAAUUUGUAAUCCGGAGAUUCAAAUGAAUAAAUCUUUACUGAACAUUGUUGUAUAAAAUACAAUAUAACAUAUUGAGGCUUCUGUGAGAAGAGUAAUAUAAAACCCCGAUUUUUGAUGAAAUCACAAUUGAUAAGAGGAGAUAGGGAAAUAAUAUGUUAAACAGUUGAAGAAAAAAUGUUUAAAUUGGUAUCAAAAUGAUGAAAAGGUGGGAAAAAAACCAGAAUAAUAUGGUGUUUAUUGUGAACACAGAUAAGACAGUGAAUGUUUUAAUGAAGGAGUUUGAUAAUGAAAAUUUUGUUUUAGAAAAGAUUAAUGUGAUGAAGUUGUACAAUGUGGAUUAUGUGGAAACACUGGAAUGGGAAAAGAGUAAAAUGACUUUUGUAGAAAUCAGCUUGUGAUAUGAUGAAGCACAAAGUCAGGAUGCAGUAGUGUUAGUGGAAUUGAAAGAAAGAUACAGGGGCUGGAGUUGUGGCUCAGUGGUAGAUGCUUGCCUGGCAUGUGUGAGACACACUGGGUUUGAUACUCAGCACCACAUAUAAAUAAAUAAAGUAAAAGAUCCAUUGACAACUAAAAUUUAAAUUAAAAAUUAAAAAUUAAAAUUAAAAAAAAAGAAAAGCACAGAUUGUUUUUAAUACAUCUACAAUAUUUGAAGAGGCAUAUUACUUGGUGCUCAUUAGGGAAAUGGGUAGGUAGAUAGGUUGGUAGAAAUGAGAGACAAAGCAGGACCGGUAACAGGUUUCCUUGGGGAUUAUAAUAAUCAUACUUUUACUAAUAGAGAUGUAAGGAAGAGUCUUUUUGGUAAUAAGUGCAUAAAGAUUGUGUCUUUAGUUAAAUAAUAAUUGAUAAAGUAUAAUUAUCCUUCAUAAGCUAACAAUAUCAUGAUUUGUUCACUUUUUAGAAAACAGCAUGAUAAAUUCCUCUUUCUUGACACUCUCAGGCAAACACAGAAUUACUUACACAUUUCUGAUCCUCUCAUUUCCUUUGAAAUUACUAGAGGCCUCUUCCUUUUAUCAUUGAUGAUCUAAAUCUGCACUGACCAAUAUGGCACUUGUCAUAUCAGCUAGUAAGCACUUGAAAUAUGGCUAGUGGGAAUGAGGGACUGAAUUCUUAAUUUAAUUAAUAUAAUUUUUAGUUUUAAAACUGCAACAAAAUAAAAUUUUUCUCUUAAACAUAACUGUUGUUUGAUAGGAUUAAAUUUCACUUUAGCCAUAAAAAGUUUGACAUCCAAAUUGAGAUGUGCCAUGAAUUUAAGACAACAACCAGAUUUUAAAGGCAUAGUAUGAGAAGUUAAAAUAUCUCAUUAGGAAUACUGAUUACAUGAUUAAUAUUUUGCAUAUUUUGGUUAAAUAAAAUACAUUAAAAUUUAUUAGUUUCUUUUAAGUUUUUAAAUGUGGCUACUAGAAAAUUUAAAAUUAAAGGGCUUAUCAUAAUUUUUUUAAAAAUAAAAUUAUAUGUUUGUAUACUGAUAUAAGUAUAAACAUAUAAUUUACAAACUUUCUUUACAUUUCUAUUGGACCACAUUUCUCUGAUUUUAAUAUUGCCUCCUCAGACUAUUCUAUGUCAAUUGAGCUUUGUCAUCUCUCAUGUUUAUUGAUAACUUUUUUCUUUACAUAAUAGAAUGGUAGUUAUUUUAUUAUAUUUAGGACAAAACCCCCAAAAAAUGAUGUAUGAUAAAGGACUGCUUAUAAUUUGAUGGAGUGUGGUUUGUUAUAUGUUUCGGCAAUUCUUCAUGAAAGCAGUCUAGGACGGAAUUUUACCUGUAUUUGUUUCAGAUGGGGUGGGAACAGGAGGAUUGUCAAAAAUCCCAUAUCCCUUGAUCUUUAGAGAGAUGGACUUCUUGGGGCUCCUUACUCAUAAUCUCUUUUGCCAUUAGAGAGAAUGGUGACUAAGUGACGCCAGGAGAACCCAGUCAUGAGAACCCCUACCAUAGUUGUUUGCGUUUUGUAUUUUCCAUUCAUUGAGACAACUCUAGAUGGAAUGUAGCAAAAAUAAAGUGAAAAGUAAAUGAAGAAAUACAAAUAACUCUCCAGGAAUUACACUAUAUCUGUACAUUUGAUAGGAAUCCUACAUUGACAACUAAAACUGUUUCUCAUUCUUGUUAAUUGCUUGUAUUUGAAAACAUACAAAAUGCUCCAAGCUGUCAGUUUUUCUAAAGAAAAUAUCUUAGUAUAGUAUUUAAAAAAAAUUUCAGAGAAACAUUAAAAACACCAACAGUCUCCAAAUCCCUUAAGACCAUUUUUUAUAUUUGUUUAAUAAGUCACCAAUCAGUAGUUAUUUGAGUACCUUAUAUGUAAGAUACUGUGAGAUAUUAUACCUAAGUAUAAUUCA